AUGGCAGGCGGUGCAGGCAUUACCCCUUCUGUUGUUGCAUCUAAUGGCAACAUGGAACGCAGUCCAGAACUAGAUGGAGGCAGUAACCACAGGCCAGGAGUGGAGGCAAGGGGAUUGCUUGUGACUCCAACACGGCCAAAAGCAGUAAAAUCACUAUCCUCAACAGGUGAUGGAGAAGCAAACCGAAGACCUCGUGGAAGGCCGGCUGGAUCCAAGAACAAGCCUAAACCCCCCAUUAUCAUCACAAGGGACAGUGCAAAUGCACUCCGGGCACACGCAAUGGAAGUGAACUCUGGCUGUGAUGUAAGUGAGAGCUUGUUAAGCUUUGCAAGGAGGAAGCAACGGGGCAUUUCUGUACUCAAUGCAACAGGUUGUGUAACCAAUGUCACGUUACGCCAACCAACUUCAUCAGGUGCAAUUGUCACACUGCAUGGCAGGUUUGAGAUUCUAUCAUUGCUUGGAUCAGUUCUGCCUCCACCAGCACCACAAGGGGUGGCUGGCCUUACAAUCUAUCUCGCAGGGCCUCAAGGGCAGGUUGUGGGAGGGGGAGUGGUUGGUGCACUGAUUGCAUCAGGCCCUGUGGUGAUCAUGGCUGCAACUUUCAUGAAUGCUACUUUUGAUCGCUUGCCACUAGAUGAUGAAGAAGUGGUUCCUGCUGCUGCAGUUCAGAGCCAGCAGUACCAUAACAGUAGGCAGCGCCACCAUGUUGAUUGUUCAGAUAUCUAUGGACUGCCACAGAAUUUGCUUACUAACGGUACUUUGCCUACUGAAUUUUAUUCGUGGGCACCAGGUCGCACUCUAUCAAAGUCCUAG